UGGGCUUAGAAGAAUUACGUAACAGGAAGCUGCUGAAUGUUGGGCGGGUCCAGAAGGAGUUGCUCUGAGAAACCCGCGGAAGUGACAGGAAGUUCCGCCCCUCAAAGUUUCUCCGUGUCUUUGCUGUCUCCCUUUCAGGAAGUCCUGGUGGGAGACUCGUCCCGAGUCCUGGAGCUUUUAGUUUUCAAACCUGGUUGUGAAAUUUCAAGAAAACUUCCAAUAUUUGAAUCUGUGAGAAGAACAACAAAAAGAAUGAGUGUGGCUCUGGGAAACACUCUACAGGGUUUCUUAACCUUCAAAGAUGUGGCUCCAGAGUUCACACUAGAGGAAUGGGAAAGUCUCAAUUAUACUCAGCGGGCACUGUACAUGGACGUGAUUUUGGAGACGUACAACAAUCUAUUGUCUGUGGAAAAUAAUCUAAUAGGUGGAAAACAUGGGAAUGUUUUGGAACAAGACACAGAGUGCAUUGUCCAUGAGCAUAUGAAUAUCCAAAAGAACUUUUGUAAAUGGGAUGAAAUUAGCAAAAUGACUCUUGAAUCCACCCAAAGUACACCUUAUAAAACUCAUCUCCGAGAUUCCUCCCUUCAGUCCUCAAACCUGAAAAGACAUAGAGCUGGGAAAACGAGAGAAAUUUACAAAUAUAAAGACUGUGUACAAUUUUCAAAUGAAUGUGCUAUCCUUGGUGUAAAUUCUGGAAUCCACAUAGAGAACAAAGAACACAAAAAUACAGAAUUUGAUAAGGAUUUUGUCUAUAAACAUAAACAGAUGCUGAAACAAGACAUUAAUGGUAAGAACCUUCACCAAUGUAGUACAUGUGAUAAAUGCUUUGCCAGAAAAAGGAAUCUUCAUUUGCAUCAAAGAAUUCAUUCAGGAGAGAAACCUUACAAAUGUAGUCAAUGCGACAAAUAUUUUGCCCAACAAUCCUGUCUUAUGCGUCAUCAAAGAAGCCAUUCAGGAGAGAAACCAUACAAAUGCAACCAAUGUGACAAAUUCUUUGCCCAAGUGUCCCAUCUUAGUAUUCAUCAGAGAAGUCAUACAGGAGAUAAACCUUACAAAUGCAGUGAAUGUGACAAAUGCUUUACUCAGAAAGGCACUCUGAGAAACCAUAUGAGAAUUCAUACAGGAGAGAAACCUUACAAAUGCGAUAAAUGUGACAAAUACUUUGGCAGAAAAUCCCAUCUUAGAGUGCAUCAGAGAAUUCAUACAGGAGAUAAACCUUUCAAAUGCAGUGAAUGUGACAAAUGCUUUACUGAAAAAGGCCCUCUGAGAAACCAUAUGAGAAUUCAUACAGGAGAGAAACCUUUCAGAUGCAGUAAAUGUGACAAAUGCUUUGUCUACAAAUGCAGUCUGAGGAUGCAUCAGAGAAUUCAUACGGGAGAGAAACCUUACAAAUGUAGUCAAUGUGACACAUAUUUUGCCCGACAAUACUGGCUUAUGUGUCAUCAAAUAAGCCAUACAAGAGAGAAACCUUACAAAUGUAACCAAUGUGACAAAUCCUUUGCCCAAGUAUCCUAUCUUAGUAUUCAUCAGAGAAUUCAUACAGGAGAUAAACCAUACAAAUGCAGUGAAUGUGACAAAUGCUUUCGCUACAAAGGCAGUCUGAAAAUUCAUCAGAGAAUUCAUUCAGGAGAGAAACCAUACAAAUGCAGUGAAUGUGAUAAAUACUUUAGCCAGCAAUCCAAUCUUAGUAUUCAUCGGAGAAUUCAUACAGGAGAGAAACCUUACAAAUGCAGUGAAUGUGACAAAUGCUUUGGCUACAAAGGCAGUCUGAGGAUUCAUCAGAGAAUUCAUACAGGAGAGAAACCUUACAAAUGCAGUGAAUGUGACAAAUGCUUUGGCCACCAAUCCAAUCUUACUAUUCAUCAGAGAAUUCAUAUAGGAGAUAAACCUUACAAAUGCAGUAAAUGUGACAAAUGGUUUGGCCACAGAGUUAGUUUGAGAAUUCAUCAGAGAAUUUGUACAGGAGAGAAGCCAAACAAAUGUGGUUAAUAUGACAAAUGCUUUUCCCAAAACUACAGUGUUUGUGUACAUCAGAGACUUCAUACAGGAGAGAAACUUUACAAAUGUGGUGAAUGUGACAUAUGCUUUGGCCAACAGUCUCAUCUUAGUAUUCAUCAGAGAAUUCAUUUAGGACAAAAACCUUUCAAAUUUCCUUUAUGUGGGAAAUACUUUACCCACUAAGUCUUAAUUCAUCAGAGAAUUCAUACUGGAGAGAAACAAUGUAAGUGAACUGAAUGUGACAAAUGUUUUACUCACAAAGCUACUUUGACGAUUGUUCAGAGAAGUCAUCCAGGAGAAUAAAUUUACAAAUGUGUGACAAAUACUUUACCCUGAAAUGCAGUCUUCAUGUACAUUAGAGACUUUAUAGAGGAGAGAAACCUUACAAAUGCAGUGAAUGUGACAAAUGCUUUACCCAAAUGUUAACCUAGAAAGGCAUCAGAGAUUUCAUACAUGAGAUAAUAAUACUUGCAAGUGUUAUGUACAUGAAAAAUGCAUUAACUACAGUGUAAGUCUGACAGAUUACAUACAGUGGAGAAACAUUAUAAAUUUAGUCAAUAAAACAAUUCUUUACCUGCAAAUAUCGUCUUAAAAUUCAUUAGAUAAUCCUUAAAGUAGAGAAAAUUUCAAAUGUUUUAGAGAUGUGAACCUUUUCUUUUGGCCUAUCUUUUAGAAUCAACAAAAUAUGUACAUGUGACAAUCUGAAGAAAUAUAAUAUAUUUGGAGAUAUCUUUGAUUUCAUUUCAGGUCAGAGAAAACGUUUUAAAUUUUUUUGUGCAGAAGUAUAUCUUGCAAAAAUUGAGCUUCUGCCCUAGAGAAUUUGUAUGAUUAUGAAAACGUCAGAAACCUUCAUGCAGUGUUCAAAUCUUAGAAAAUGUCAGGUAUUUAUGGUGAGAAAAACUCUGAAAAUAUGACAGUAUAGGAAAGUCUUCAUUAAACUUUUACCUGUUCACCGUGAAAUAUUCCAAGAUGAAGACAUGUGGGGAAGUCAGAAUAAUAGAGUGUUGUGUAACACUUUCAUGGCAACAGAAAUUAUCUAUUUCAAAGGAACUUCACCUCUCAAAAUGUCUAAUAAAACUGUCAGGAUUCUGUAUAUUCAAGUGAUCAAUUCAGACAAAUUAUACUUAAAAAGGUUUAUUUGACAAACUCAGAUACCAAAACUGUUUGUUCUUUAUCCUAUAAAUAUGUCUACAGAUGUUAAGUCUCCUUUGACAAUCCAGUAUUCAUAAUUCUUAUUAAAUGCUGGUUUCAUGUUUGAGUAUAACGACUGAGACUGAUUACGUGUCCUUGUGCUGUGUGGUCAACAACUCCUUCCCCUUUGUUGUGUAAAUAAAUGUGAAUGAUUCCCAAA